UCAGGUCUCCUUCCUUAUCUUGGGCUAGCCUACAUGGCCGAAGUGUCAACAUGGCAGGAAUGGCCGGUGUACAAGUUUUAGUGCUUCUCUUAGCAGCAAUCUCGUGUGUGGAUGCGUUCAUUGAAGGAAUCUACUGUGGCAGGGAAAACUGCUAUGACAUUCUUGACGUCACAAGGGACUCAAGCAAGAAUGACGUCGUCAAGGCUUAUCGCAAGAUGGCCCGGAAAUGGCAUCCGGAUAUGCACAAGGGGAAGGAGGCGAAGGAGAAAGCCGCAGAAAUGUUUCAGAAGAUAGCCAAUGCUUAUGAGAUUCUGAAAGAUGAAGAACAGAGAGCGGACUAUGAUUACAUGUUGGACAAUCCAGAUGAGUACUACUCCAUCUACUUCAACUACUACAGGACGAGGAUGGCUCCCAAGGUGGAUAUCCGCAUCGUCAUUGGUGUCACCAUCACUGUUGUAUCUGUCAUUCAGUAUUGGGGGGCCUGGAACAACUACACGACUGCCAUCAACUACCUGUGUAAGGAACCCAAGUACCGGAGCAAGGCCAUUGAUAUCGCUAAAUCUGAGGGCACACUGAGUGCCAACAACAACAGGAAGAGGAAAGGGAGGAGUAAGGAAGAGAUCAAGGAGGAAGAGGAGGCCAUUAUCAGGCAGAUUAUAGCAGAAAAAAUGGAUAUACGAGGGGGAUACAGUCGACCGAGCUACAGGGACAUCUUAUGGAUACAGCUGGUGUUCCUGCCCUACUACACAGUAACCUACAUCAUCUGGUAUGCCACCUGGAUCUGGAAGUUCACAAUCCUCAGAAACGAGUACGGGGAAGAGGAAAUGUACUACAAGAUACGGAAAUACAUGAAGCUGAGUCAGUCGCAGUGGGAUGCUUUGGAAGACUAUGAGAAAGAAAACUUUUUGGAGUUAGGCUUAUGGAAAUGGGAAAAUUUUCAGGAUUGGAGGGAAGAGCAGGAAAACGAAAGGAAGUCAAAGCUGGCUGAGAGUGCCCGCUACAAGAGCUAUAGGCGCUAUAUGAAGAAGGGAGGAGCUGGCCAGAUUUCAUUUGGGCCAGAGUAGUCAGUAGGUGCUAGACACACAACCACCUUCAUCAUCAUCAUCAUGUGUCAGAAAUAUGUUGCCAAAUGAGAACUUGUGUGAGGACAGAGCUGCAUGGAGGAGAAGAGGCAGGGUAGUCCAGCCAUCACCUGCUGCCGCCGUCCACCUCCCAGCUGCCUGUCAACAUAAUUACCAACAUUUAUAACAUUUCUUACCGGUAUCAAAUAACACAUGAGAUUACUCAGAUCAGUUCUAAGGAACCUUUGUAUAUCAGACAGAUAUUUAAACACAAAUACAUCUAAUUGAUUUGAAUUAACUUUUGCAAUAUAUCUCAGACAUUAUGUGUAAUCUCAGGAAACAGGAAACACAUGUUUAUCAUAGUUAUAUUAGAUUAUUUCCGUGAGACUGUAUAUACUAUGUAGGGGAUUCAGGUGUAUCUACGCCAGUAGUCAGCAUGCAUGUUUCUGCACCACAGAUUCCAGAAAGUGCCAAUUAAGUGUUCGUAGUGAUAACACGUCGUAAUCCCCAGAUUCUGGCCAUUCAGCCUCAGUUAAAGACACAUGUUUCUUCCUGUGUCCCAGUGACUCCCAAUGCCAUGCAAUAUGCACAGUGCCCUACUUCCUUCUGCUAGGAUUUACUGCAGACCUCAUUUCUCUAGGUUCUAGAUGACCAGAAAGUCAGUUAUUCUUAAGUGUAGCUUCACUUUCCUAGUCUGAUAAACUAACUGGACCAAUGUCCUACCAUGACUACAGAGAAUGCUUUGAUGUGAUGGGGCAAGAGGAGUUUCAAACUCCAAUAAUAAUAUAUUAUUUCUCAGAUUUAGUUAGCAGGUCAUGUUUUGUGUACAGCCGACAGUUUGACAUCAGCACUCAUCAUCUUUAUCCCAUAAUGAUGUCACAUCUAUUAUCCUCCACUAAAGUUAAUAACUAAUCCUUGUAGAACAUGGCAUGAGAUAGUGUGUAUGGCUAAUAUUUUGUUAAUGGCUUCAGUUUAGAAAUUCAGUUUGACUUUAUUUGAUCAAAUCUGGUGAAAAUCAUUGUGACAAAAGACAGAUGUUGUGUGAGUGUACAGAUAACUGCUCACUGGAGGUGCAUGAUUUACUUUUCCAUUCUAGAGUCAGUUGAGUUAAUCUAAGAUGUUUGGGCCAAGCAAUCAUGUUUUGAAAUGUGGGUUGGGGAUUGUCCUUAUACAUAUAUAAACUUAAAACUGGGCCUGUCAGUCAGUUGUAGUGAAUGAAUAUCAGUGUUUCUCUGUUGGCAUGUACAGCUUUUUGCAGUGACAAGCCUUUCAUGUUCUUAUGAUAACAAAUCUGGGGUUUCUACUAGGGCUGGAUAUUGCUCUGAUUUUCAUAUUGCGAUAUAUUGCAAUAAUUUAAGAGAUAUUGCAAUACAUAUUGUGAUAUAUUGACUAGAAGGUUUCAUCAUAAAUUCAUAAUAGCUCUCUGUGUGCGACAUCAUCUUUUUAGUUGCAGUUACACCAUACUUUUAGGCUCCCCGUCCCCAUUGCAUAUGGCUGUAUGCCAAUGGUUUACAGAUAAAUACAAUGAUAUACAGAGGCUCAACGUGGAAUGUUUGAUUGAAGCAUUACAACAAA